AUGCUGCGUCAAUUUAUCUCGUUACUCGUCUGUUUUGCCAUCGGUCAAGUCAAGUCACUUCCGCGUACUGGGCCUCAGCAAAGAGGUGUUACUUCUUCGUCUAAGGCUGGGUUGGCAUGGCCUAACGGAAACGCUGAUGAUAUUACGCAAUAUACGAGCACUGGCAAGGUUUCGUGGUACUAUACAUGGUCACCAAACCCUACGGGCGCAGAUUUGGAAUUCGUGCCGAUGCUUUGGGGGACAGACCAAAUCGAUGCGUUCACGUCUACAAUCAACAAGACAAUUACUAGCAAACAGGUUACUGCCGUCCUCGCAUUUAACGAGCCACAACAGCCUGCGCAGUCAAACCUCACGGUCGAAGAAGGCGCACAACUAUGGAAGACAUACAUCGAACCUCUAAAGGCACAAGGUCUACGUCUGGGUACACCUGCCCCAUCGAGUGCACCGAGUGGGAAGACCUGGAUACAAGGUUGGCUGAGUGCGUGUGCAGGAGGUUGCAAUCCAGAUUUCAUUGCCCUUCACUGGUACGACAUUAAUGCAACGCAGUUCCAGCUUUACCUCGAAGACUUCCACAACACGUUCAAUCUCCCUAUCUGGGUUACGGAAUGGGCUGAUCAGAAUUUCAAUAACGGACCACAACCUUCAUCUUCAGACGUCUUCUCAUUUCUAAACCAAACGCAAAGCUUCAUGGACGCGACGGAGUGGGUGGAGAGGUAUGCUUGGUAUGGCGUUAUGGAGAACCUGAACGGUGUUGACCCUGACAACGCAAUGAUGGACUCAAACGGGAAGAUCACAGCGCUGGGGAAACAAUACAUCGGCGAGACCUCAGGAGGUUCAAGCUCUGGCUCAGGCCCGACGAUAGUCGGUUCUGUACUUCCUCGUUCACUCAUACAAAGAACGACGUUGUUGCUGCUGUUUGCCUCACUACUCGCUACACUACUUCUGGCACUUUAGGACGUUCCAUACGACACUUCAAGAGUCUUCUUUUGCAUGGACACGUUGAACUACAAGAGACAAUAUGUAUACCCAGAGAUACCCAACCAACGAUUUCUUAUCC